AACAAUAAAAUUUGCGUUGCGCGACAGUACAAAACCAGUAUAUAGGAACACUAUCAACCGGCUCUUGUUUUUAUUUAUAUCUCGAAUUUUCUAACGUUAUACACACAGGUUAAAGAGGGACAGACGUACAUCAAUUUUUGCAGCUAUCGUUUUUUUAUUCCCGAAGUUAAAAGUCUGGCUGUGACCAUUUUCCCUGUGUUUAAAUUAAAAAAAAAACUUUCCGCGAGCACAGAAACUGCGUAGCAUUUUUUUUCUCGAUUCGAUCACACGUACCGGGCUUGUAAAUCGAAACAGAAGUGAGAAUUGUGUAAUACUUAGCCGACAAUUGAAUGAAUUUUUGUCGAAUUGGAUUGAUUUGAGGUGUACGAUCAGCAUGGAAAAAAUUGAUUUGAACGAUUUAGAACUGACGUCGGACGAAAUGCAACGAUUUACAAAAGCAUUUCGUAAUGACGAAUUUAAAAAACUAUUUUCCGAUUAUUGUGAAGAGAUCAGUGACCCCGCAAAUAGGAAAUUGUAUGAAGAGGAGCUGACGCAAUUGGAAGCUGAACGUGGCAUCGACGUUACGUUCAUCAAUCCAGAACCCGGCUAUGUGAUAAAAACUAGUGUGAAUGGAAACGAAAAAGUGUUUAUCAACGUGUCGCAAUGUGAUAAGGUCGGAAAGCCGAGUAGUAAACGUGAUGUGGAUAGUAGUGGUAACCGUGGAUUAGUCUGGAGUAUACCUCAUACCCAGUCUCCGCCACGGAAAGAUGUUGAUAAUAAAGGAACGUUGUGUAGUGUGUACGAUGUGGUCUUUCAUCCGGACACAUUGCAUUUAGCCCAGAAAGAUACGCGCUUCAAGAAGCUGGUUACGGAAACGGCUUGUGAUGCUGUCAGUAGAGCCUUUAAAGUGAACAUCGAUUUGGUGAAUUUAAAAUUUCCAAAGCUUGCCUUCAAAGGUGUGGCCAAACCCACUAUUAUACGUAAACAAAGUACAAACAAACCAACGACUGAUUAUGAACCCAGCCCAAUCGAUCAAAUUUAUCCACCAGUGAAAACGGUCUCUGACGAGGUGACCAAAUCGAAAUCGAAAAAAUUGUCGAAACCCCAAACCCCGAAACCUGAAUAUGCAACACCUUCAUAUCAAGUCACCCAUCGUCGAAACGUUGAAUUUCACGAAAUGACCGACGAAUUAGACGCUAAAAUGAAUGUGACCGUUCCGAACGAGCUUGUGGUCACAGUUGAUCUUCCACUGCUCAAAUCAACCAAUGAGGUCACACUGGAUGUAACCAAACGCAGGGUAUAUCUGAUUAGCGAAAAGCCAGCCAAGUACAAAUUACAAAUCGAUUUGCCGUACGAUGUCAGCGAACGGGAUGGCAAUGCCAAAUUCGAUAAGAAUAGUAGGAAGCUUACGAUAACAUUGCCGGUGAUACGGAAAAGGGAAACAUUUGUGAUACCAGAUCUUUGCCGGGAUGAUAGCGGCGUCGAAAGCGAUCACGUGAGUCCGAAAGAUGGAAAUUCGAUUGGAUCGGACGAGGAUCUUUCGGGCGACAAUGGAAAUGCUGAAGAGGCGUUCAACACCGAUACGGAUGCCAAUUCCAACGUCGACACAUUUUUUGAUUCCAACAUUACCUACGAGCUACCUACGUUCUCAUGUAACACACUAGAUAAUACCAUGGCCUUUACAUUGAAUGUGAAGAAUGUCGAUCCCGAAUCCAUUGUUUUCGACAAACAACCAUGCUUCGUUCAACUGAAAUUUUCCUCAAUCGGAGCCGGUUUCUAUCCCAUCAACUAUGGCUUUUGCGUCAAGCUUCCUGAAUCAUGUGGUUCCAUCGUUGACGUGCAACCGGACACCUGGGAUAACAAUAUCAUUCUGCAAUUGGAACUGGAAAAUUGUGACUUUGAUGCAUAUGAAGCUGGUUUGAAUGCAGGUUGCAUGGAUAGUCAUAGUUUUAAGCGAGACGUAAGCAAAUCACCUACUGUACUGGUAACGACUGAUAGUUUAGACGAAUUCAAAGUGGAUGUCACUGUGGUGUCGGAGAAGGAGAUCAAGAUCGAAAUAAACAACGAAACGGUGAGUGACGGUAAGUCACAAGAUUCUCAUGUUAGCGACGGACAGAAGAAAAACAAACGGAAAAAGAAGAAACAGCGAUCACUGUCCGAAUCGAAUUGUGAUGAUUUGCAGGCGGUUAUUGAUGAGCAUGAAACGAAAGUGUCAUCGACCACCAAGUCAAUUGACAUCACCAAGUCUCCCGGUAAAAUGCGAAGUAUGUCCGAGUCGAGCAACGACGAUCAGGUGAUGCCAAAAGUGCGGGAAUUUAAGAGUAUUUUGAAGCGGCGCAGUUCGUACAAUCGCAGUAUUUCGGAGAGCUCCGUCGACGAUCACGUGUAUUCGUGUUCCAUGGACAUUGGCGUUGGAUCCAUUCAGGAGGAAAGUGGAGCAGAAUUGUCGGAGAGUUGUAAGAAGACCGUCCGGUUCGACGACAAUGUACGGAAACAGUUGUUCAGAAUUCGCUCAACAAUAUUGGGCCAACGUAAACCGAAAACCAACAAACGGAAAAAGAAGAAGCGUACAGCGGAACGUCGAUACAGCGAAGGUGAAGCGUCCGAUUACGAUGAGCACAACAAGUCCAGCAAUGAAUCGGAUACGAACGGUUUGUCUAACGAUGGGAAAAAGAUGAUACGAGAGCAACGGGAUAGUGGUGUUGAUUUUGGCGGUGAUAGCGGCGAUGAUGGCAACAGUAAAAAGCCGUCACAAAAGAAUAGUAAGAACAUUAGAAGUUAUAAGAAAGCGACUGGCGCCGAUAAAAAUGAUGAUAUGGGAUUGGAAUUGGAGUUCAAGAGCGGCAUGAUGUUUGAUAUCGAAAUGUAGUUUUUGCCAUGAGUACAAGUGAUUUUAUGAGUUGCACUGGAUGGGGGAGGCGGGAAGCAGAAAGGGAAAUCAUUGUAGCCAGACACUAAAUUUAUCGAUUGCAAAUUUUGUUUUAAUUUAUUUUUUAAUCAGAUUUUAAUCAAAUUUUAAUCAAAUUGUAAUUUUUGUUUUAAGUAACCGUUCCUUCUACUCUACAUUAUACUUGUCUUUUACAAUAGUUUUAAUUUACAUUCCUGCAACUCGUAUACAGAUAUUAGACACUUUCGAACGCCCUCGGAGACUAAUUUCAUUUGCUCAAAUCAAUAACAAAAAAUUGAAAAUGAAUCAGAGCCUAGUAUAACAUUGCUAAAUCACUACACAACUAGAAAUUAAUUGUUUAAAAGCAAAUUGCUGCCACUUUUUAUAUUAAACCUAAUCACAAAUUUAAAACAAAACAAUACAAAUUAGUGGUAGAUUUGAUUAAUGUUAGUGGACGUGUAGAAUAAGUGCAUCAACAAAUUUCAGCAAUUUUUACAUUCACAAAAUCAAAAGAAAUUUAAAAUGAGAAAAAGAAAAUUUAAUCAAAACCGAAAUCUUAAACGUAAUCCAGUACCUUAGAAUAGAACAUUAGAAUUAAUCCUAACAAAACGAUAGCAAGUAGUGCAGUACAUUAUUAUAUAGAGCCCGGUACACCAAUUUAUUGACAAAAAAUUCAUAUUCUUUUUUGAAAAAUCGAAAUUUUGUUACGGAAAAAUUAUUGAAAUUAAUAUACACAGAAUCGGAGUAAAUUUUUGUUUGCUCUCCACACGUUAUUAUAGAAUUUGUUGCAAAUUUUGAGAAUAAAAUAUCUCUACUGAUGAUAA